ACCCCGGGACGAUCAUGUUGUCGACGACGAUCAUACUCGGUAUCGCAUGCGGUGUCGGAGGUGCCCUAUUUCUUAUUACUCUUUACGCCGUCUACACCUACUCACGCGCAUGCGCACGUUGCAAGGAGAAGAGCCUGAAAGAGCAGCAUGAAGCAGCCGGGACCAUCAGCAUUGCUGAACCACCAAAGAAUUUCUUCAUUCCCAAAGAGAGGAUAGCCGUUCAACCCAUCGCUAAUCGGAUCCAGUCACCACCUCAAAAAAUCGAAUCCCCGAACCGGUCCGACCCGGAGUUGAACAGUCUUAGCACGAGUGAUUCCAGUCACAACGGUUCAUUUUGCGGUUCGUUUGAAUCGGAAUUUGGAACCGUCAAACCGGAGUUGUAUCCGAGGAAAGAUGACCGGUUGGUAAUGAACCAGUCGGAUCAGUACGGUCUCAGCGGUUCGGGAAACCAGACGAAACAAGCCAAGAAGAUCGGGCGGCUUCAUGUCAAACUCAAAUACGACUUCAAUAAAUCCGACUUUGUCAUCAAACUGAUUGAAGCCGACCAUUUACCUGCAAUGGAUAUAGGUGGUUCGAGCGACCCCUACGUCAAGAUAUCACUCGAACCAGAUGAAGAAAGAAAGAUUAAACAGUCUGUAGUACAGCGGCGGACUCUGAACCCGGUGUGGAAUGAAAUCUUUAAGUUUCCUACAACCUACGAAGAAUUGCAAGAAAAGACCGUCCGAUUUUCAGUCUUUGACUUUGAUAAAUUUUCCCGCCACGAUGCCAUUGGCGAGGUUUUGGUCAGGAUUGGUGACGUAGAUGUAUCACGUGAGCUUGACGUGUGGAGUGAACUCAGGUCACCGCAAACGAGAAAAGAGGAACUAGGUGACAUAUUGUUUUCAGUCAGUUAUCUGCCUACAGCGGAGAGACUGACGGUCGUGGUGCUCAAAGCGAGGAAUCUUAAAACAAUGGAUAUCAACGGCAGUUCGGAUCCAUUUGUGAAGGUGUCCUUACUUCAAGGCGGUCGAAGGGUGAAGAAAAAGAAAACAAGUGUCAGAAAAUGCAACUGCAAUCCGACUUGGAAUGAGGCUAUAAUAUUCAACGUACCAGCUGCAGCGCUCAAUGUGUGUAGUCUAGAGCUGAUUGUGAUGGACUACGAUCUCCUGGGCCAGUGUGAGAAGAUAGGAGAGACGAUAGUUGGACCACAUUCCGGAGGACUAGGCCAGGACCAGUGGACGGAGAUGGUCCAGAAUCCAAGAAAACCUGUUUCUGUGUGGCAUACACUCAGACCAUAGAGCAACCGGCAGGACUAGUCUUAUGACACACACUUGGAUCAAAGCGUAUUACCGGUAGGCCUCUCCAUUAUGAGACUCACUCAAACCUGUAAUAGAGAAACCGGUAGGCCUAUUCGUAUGGGAUAUAUACCGUGAACACACUCACGCCAUAGCACAACCGGUAGGAUUAGUCUUAUGACACACACUUUGAUCAAAGAGUGUUACCGGUAGGCCUCUCCAUUAUGAGACACACUCAAACCUUAGAGGAACCGGUAGGCCUCUCCGUAUGGGACACACUUAGACCAUGGAGCAACAGUAGGCCUAUCCGUAUAAAACACUAUCGGACCACAGAGAAACCGGUAGGCCUAUCCGUAUAGGACAGUCGGACCAUAGCAAAGCUCGUAGACCUAUCCGUAUGACACAAAACCUGAUCAUAGAACAAACGGUAGACCUAUCCGUAUAAAACUCUAUCGGGUCAUAGAGAAACCGGUAGGCCUCUGCGUAUUUCUCGCAGGUAUAACAACCAGUAACCGAAUUGCGCAGAGAAAUCAGACGGUAUCCGCAUGGCACAUACUCGGACCGAAAGAUAUUACUGUAAUAUCUGUUUGGCUCUUCCACUUGUGCGUAACAUCCGGACUUAAGGAUAUUAAUACUGUAUAUGGUUGGCUCAAUGAAGCGUUACAAAAAAUCUCAUAAAAUUUCUUAUAUCAAAUUUUGGGCAAAUACGAUUGUUCUCUCCUUACCAAAAAAGUAUACACGUUUACAAAAACUUUGUAUAAAUAUACAAGUUUAUUAUCUAAAUCUUUUCGGCAUGAUAGGUAUUCUCAUAGUGCAUUCGCUUUGACUGUCAAAUGGAUUGGUAUCUCCGUUGAAUAGCCCGCAGAUACACCUGCGUUAAUAAUAAACGCAUCUCAAUGUUAAAUUCGUGACGAACUUCACUCACAAUAGUUGUAUAAUAUUAUACCUUAAUUUAUCAGGCACCUCAACCGCGGCUCCGACAAGGGCAGAAACAAAACCCUUGCUUAAUCAUUAAAAGUAAUCCAUCACAAGGUGGCGCUAUAACACAAACGCCGGCAUUGAGGUCGCUGUCAAACCAAGUUCACUGCCUCCAGACCGGUAUUAAGAAGAAUAAUGCUCGUAAUUUGAUAGAGAUCCAAUUGGUCGGUUUGGAAUCUGUCCCGUUUGGUGUGACUGAUCUAUAAGUGAUUACAUAAUACAAGUAAAUCGUAAUGCUGGAGUCACAUUUCUCUUCAUGCGGCGGCCGUACGGCAAGUCGAAAACCGCAGCCGUUUUAACAUUUGUUGUACCGGUGUCGGAGGCGAAAACGUCCGGCCAGUUUAAUCCGUCUGCGCGGACAAUCAAUUUGCUUCUCAAUGUCUUUCAAUAACCAUUGAGCCAUACAAGAUUCGGCGAGCUUAGCAAAAUGUGAAGUUAAAGCUAUAGGACGUACAUUAUUGAUGCAAGGUGGGUGAGAUUAUAUAAGUAAUAU